AUGGCGGAGCGAAAGCCACCAGCGAAAGAGAAACUGCCCUUUCUGCCCCUGCCGACAACUGCUUACAUGGCAAAGACUUCAAAAAAGAAGAUGUCAAUGGAAGAGCUGCCGCAUCCUCAUCCAGCAGUGUCUCUCUCAGUGAGUCCUGACAGAGUUCAACACUUCAACUCUGACUCUGUGUCUCUGAGCUGUGAGGGAAACUCUAUUGAAUGGAGAGUGAAGUGGAUUAGAGAAACAGGUUCACUGUAUGACUGCUCCUACAUGGGGAACAUGAACAGAUCUACAUGUAGCAUCAAUAUGGACUGGUAUCAUAGUGGAGUGUACUGGUGUGAGUCUGGAUCAGGACACUUCAGCAACGCCGUCAACAUCACUGUAAAGAAAGAUAUUAAUGGUAUUAUCCUGGUGAGCCCCGUCCAUCCUGUGACUGAGGGAGAUCCUGUUACUCUGAGCUGCAGAGAUAAAGAACAAAAACUUCUCUCCAAUGUGUUUUUCUAUCAAAAUAACAAACUGAUCCAAAAUGACAGCAGAGAGGAGCUGAACAUCUCUGCAGUGUCAAAGUCAGAUGAAGGUUUCUACAAGUGUGAACAUUUAGGAAAGGAGUCACCACAGAGCUGGAUGGCUGUUAGAGUUCCUCUCACCAGUCCUGUCAGCUCUUCACUUCUUGUGCUGCUGAUCGUUGGACCAGUUAUUGGAGUCAUUCUCAUUAUUCUCCUGAUCUUUUUGUGUUGCUUCAGAUGUUCUAAGGAUCUGUGCUGCAUCAUAUCAAGGGUCUCAGAGAGCAGGAGUCAGAGCCACACAAACCAGACUGAAG